ACUCCUAUUUUUUUUUUUUUUUUCUCAAGAUGUUUAUCUCUCCUUUUUAAUUAUGAGACAUAAAAAGAAAGACGAAAAUAAACGAGCCUUUUCUGUUUCUUCUUCCUUUGACCUAUUACUAUCUUAAAUGCUAAAGCGAUUUCAAUCAUUGUUUGUAAAAGAUCAAGAAUGCUACAAACAUAGUCCAUCCAUUCAAAUUUAUCAAAAGGCGCAAUCGUAUUCUCAAGAAUCUAUUAUUCAACAACAACAACAGUUGGAUCAACAUGUUCAAGCUGGUAUUGAACACCACGAAUUGGGUCAAUUAGAAAAAGCAACGCAUUAUUUUCGAUUGGCCGCAAAAGAAGAUUGUCCCAUCGGCAUGUUCUUGUACGGUAUCUCACUACGCCAUGGUUGGGGCUGUAAAGUAAACACGGCACUGGCCUUUCAAUACCUUCAGACGGCUGCUGAACAUGCGGUGCAUGAUUUAUUAAACGGUGAUGAAUAUACCUUGGCUUCUAAGGGUGAAUUGAUCAUGGCUAUUUAUGAACUAGGAGUAUCGUUUCAACAAGGUUGGGGUGUCACAAAGAAUAAAGAAACUGCCUUUUACUAUUUCGAGAUUGCUGCUAAUUUAGGUGAUCUUGAUGCCAUGAACGAUCUGGCCUUUUGUUAUAUACAUGGCCAUGGUGUCAAAAAGAAUAUUUUCAAAGCUGCACAAUAUUAUAGAAUGGCUUCCAAACAAGGGCAAGUGCAAAUCGGUAAUUCUUGGAUAUGGAAAGAUAAAUAUAAUAUUGUGGAUGGUUGGAAAUAAUCUUUUUUUUUUUUUUUUUGUUUCCUUCAAACACUUUUUCUUUCUUUCUUUUUUGCCCCAAUAAUGUCUACAUUUAUUAAAUCCAUUCACGAUGAGACUUUGCUUCAAGUACACAUUUCUUGUCCCUUGACAAAAUCAAACGUACCUGCCAUCAUUAUUGCACACCCUUAUGGACCAUUAGGUACAUGUUGAAUACAGCGUUGCUUAUUUUUAACAUUUUUUUUUUAACAAUAAACAAAAAGGCGGGAAUAUGAAUAAUAAUGUUGUCAUUGCGAUGCAACGUCAUUUUGUAUCAAAAGGUUAUAUCACAGCCUGCCUCAAUUUCCGUGGGUGUGGAAAAUCGCAAGGAAGGACGAGCUGGACGGGCCAGGGAGAACGAGCGGAUUAUAUGAGCGUGAUGAAUUAUUUAUUAGAUAAAUAUCCCAA